AUGCAAUUUGUCUAUAAUGGAACGGAUGAGCGGAAGGAGAAAGGGCUUUUAUCGUUGAGCCGUAUUGCAUGGGGGAAACCUUCACGUCAGUGGGAAAUCAACCAAGCCGGGGGAAUUGAGCUGUACUUACAGCUCGUUGCCAAUGGAACGAAUGGUCAGAAAGCAGCAGCGACAAAGGCUCUACGUAACCUCGCUUUGAGUAACCCACGGAAACAAACAGCGACAGCUCGAGCUGGUGCGAUUGAGCUCCUUCUGGAUCUUGUCCGCACCGGUACAGAGGAGCAGAAGUCAGACGCGGUGACUGCGUUAGGGACUUUGGCGAAGAAGAACCAACCAAUCCAGGACGCAAUUGCUGCUUCUGGCGGUAUCGAGCUGUCCAUUGAGCUUCUUGGAGUCGGAACCGACGAUCAGAUCUCGAGAGCCGCGUCGACGCUGGGAGCUCUUUCCGAAAGAAACGAAGCUAACAGAAUGGCAGUGACUUAUGCUGGGGGACUGGGGCUGAUCGCACAGUUCAAGGCCAGGUCAAAGCAUCUUGAUCGAGAAAUGGCAGAGACCGCACUGCAUAUCUUGAACAGUCGAUACUACUAUAUCGGAGAUCGACGAAAUAUACCAAAUAAGUAG